AUGAACAGCUUGAAGUUUGUCUAGACAUCUAUCAAUUCACUCAAUUAUCUUUAUCUUGUAAACAUAACUCAUAAAUUGUUCAUAUUUAUUGAUCUACUUGAUAGUGGAUUUUAAUUAUAUUAGCUUUAAGAUAAUUUAGAUUUUAUGCUAAUUUACUAACUAAAUGAUAGCUAAAUAAUCGAUAGUAGCAGCUCAAUAUAAUAAGUACAGAUCUUAGAUGAAUAAUAAUUAACUUUUUUAACUAUUACAUAAUAUUAUGUGAUUAUUUACUAAUUGAGCUAAGAUCUUAGUUAAUUAAAUUAAAUUUAUUAAAAAUAAUUUGAUAACGCCAUAAUUAAAUUAAGCAUAAGUAGUAAUAGAAUAGUUUUAACAGCAUCUCCUAGCAAAGGUGAGGUAUUUAUUUAUAUAUACAAUUAUACAUCUAAUCCUUAUUAAUAUAAUUAAAUUAAUAUGUUUUAGAUUAUUUAAAACUACUAUAAUUAUGAUUAUUAGAUAAUAAAAAUUUAAAAUCAUGAUUAUAUAAUUGUUUAUAUAAAUUAAGAUAAGUUUACUUUGAUAAAAAUUAAUAUAGUUCAAUCGGAUAUAUAAAAUUUCUUAUUGGUAAUUCAUAGUUAUUUGAAUUAAGUAUUUACACUUAGUCAAUAUAAACAAAGUAAAUUUAUAAAGAAAUAUUUAAACUCAAUAGCGCUAAUUAAGAAGAAUAUUCUUAUGUUAUUUAAGAAAAGUACCUCAGUAAAUUCUAGAUUCCAUCUAUUUUUGACAUAAUUAAAAAUUAAACAUAUUUAACUUUAGUAGAUGAAACACAGUAUAAUUAUUUGCUUAACUUAAAGAUUUCAAUAAGUAAUAAUCGUAAAUUUGAAAUUUCAUAAAUCAAAUAAAUUAAUAAUAAUAUAUUGA